UGCGAGGAAAACGGUUAAAAGUUUAUAACGUACAAUCGAUACAUACAGCGCAGAGUGAGCGAAUGCGUUUUUUGAAACGGCGUUUUCGAGUUUACGAUGAUAUUUUCUUCGGAAAACGUGUCCGAUGAUCACGUUCAAAUAAUACAAAAAGACUGCCGCUACUCUCCAAUUAUUUCAAGAAGACACCUACCUGUUGAAUUCUUCCGUCCAAGUGCCACCAGAUACCUACUACUACAUAAAUUAUAAAAGUGCCAGCAGUGAUAAUUUCUCGAUGAUCUCCGUUGCUAAAUAGUCGUGCCAAUACAAUUAGCAGUUUAACAUUAUAAAUAAGAAGAAAUUAUUUAUACGACACGGUUCAGUCUGUUUCUGAAUUGCGAGUAGAUAAAGUGCAAGUUCGCUAUAUUUUAUUUUUUAUCAAUGGAAAGUGGCCUUCUGUUUUCAAUGCCUAACCGAGCCUUAGAUUUGGGUCCCGUUGACGCGAAAAACGAAAGUUUUUCGAAAAUAUUAACGGAUGAAGUGACCGCAGAAACCGAUCCGCAAUAUGAACAAUUUUUGACCGAUGUGUGGGUUGGGUUAGUCCUUACUUUCAUGGUUCUCAGCUGCAUUUGCUGCAUGUGCUCCUGUCUCUUAUAUCAUAAGUUUCAACAAUGGAAAAGGCACAUUAUUCAAGCAAGAAACGCUGCGAAUGUGGAAGCGGGUAGCAAUUACGAAUCGGAAUCCCUGCCGAGCUACACGGUGGUAUCGGGACUUCCCACAUACGACGAAGCUUUGGAGCAGUUAAAAAAAAUGAAAGAAAAGCUUAGAACUGACAGUCGCGUAGUGGACAGUAAUCCCCAGCCUUGUACCACUCACGUACCCAGCAACCAAAUAGUGUCGCGAUUGUCCGUCACCGAUCUCUUUCAGCUUUACAAAAGCAGCCCCCGUCCUGAAACAGUCUUCCAUAAGACAUGAGAUUUAUCGUGAAGACGGUUCUCUUUUUGUUCUCGAAACAUGUACAUACAUAUCUCUGUAUGAGAAACAAGCGACUGCAACUCACGACCAAGUGGAGGCGAUUAAAAAUAAAUAAUGAAAAGUAUAUAUGAAAAAUAUGCUUGAUUAAAACAGGAAUCGAAUUGAAUUUACAUCGAUUUUGAUUGAAUGGUUCCUUCCUUCACGUUCCUUAGUAUUAUCGCACGAUCUGGCGAAGCUGACGAAGCCACUGUGUGGCGAAACGGUCGUAGUGGUUGUAAUAUUACACUUCUGCAACUUGACUUGGUCAUUACAAGAUUUUUUAUCAUUAAUGCAUUUACAAAUACAAUAUAUUUAGAUGUAAUGUAAUUUUUCUAUUAAUUUUUCGAUUUCUUUUUAAGUUCGACUCCAAAUUGUAUUAUUAUUUGAUUAUUGCAUCACUACACAUUAAUUCCACUGCCAAUAUUUUAUAACAAUCUAUAAAAUAGCAACUUAUAAAGAAAGUAUUAAGUAUUCAUUAACAGGUUUUUUUUUCUUUACAAUUUGAUGAAGGCAGUAUUCAGAAUACAUAUUUAAUUAACUAUAUUUUCGAUAGAAACUAUGUGCAGAAUUGCAAUUGGGUUCUGUUGAACCAUGUUGAAUCCUAUGGUGCUCAAAAGUUUUAAGGUAUAACAUAAACUUGUAGCUAUGCAUAUACCUAAGUAUUAAUGCGUAGGGAUGACGUUUAUGGCUGUGCUAAUUGCUAAGUUAGUAUAGGUACUAAAUAAAACUGCAAUUUACUGGUUCAUUUUAACAUUCUAAGUGUUUGUAGUGUAUGUAGAACAAUAAGUGACUGUUUGUGAUAAUUUAUAUGACGCUGGUCGUCUGUAUGUAUUAUAUUAGAUAGGCUAGUCUAAUUAAUUUUAGUAAAUGGUUUUUGUAUUAUUACUAACGCCAAUAAAUAACUUAUUCGAUUAA